GAAAUUUCCGACAUAUGUUACCUUCAUGAUGUUCCAUAUCGACCAUACCUAAAAAUGCAAUUCUCUGCAGCAUAUGACACUUUUCUAGAAAUCAUUCAUUGUGUGAACAAGCGCCUGCAGUGGGCACUCAAAUGGGAUACCGUCGACUGGCAUCUGCUGAGCUCAUGCCCUGCAUGCUUUUAUAAGCUCAACAAUGAGCCUGCACUCAAUUUCGAAUAA